AAUCUGAAGCGAGCUUAUAGAAAUGAGAGGACCCUUAGGUUCAGUGAUUGGGAAAUACCCAUCAAGUGAUGGAAAUGGCGAACAUGGCGGUGGAAAUGGGAUCAUAAAAUACAACAGAAAAUGCAGAGAUGUUGUGUUUCUUGUUUUCUUCAUAGCUUUCUGGAUCGCCAUGAUUGUUAACUCCAGCUUCGGAUUCAACCAAGGAAACCCAUUAAGGCUAAACUUCGGGUUGGACUAUAAAGGAAACGUAUGUGGAGGCAAACACGCAGAUUUUGAUCUCCGACAAUUGGAACUCAAAUAUUGGGUUAAUCCUAACCAAGUUUACCAAAGUGGAUUGAAGAACAGCCAAGUAAAACUAUCUAAUGCUAGGACCAUAUGCUUGUUGGAUUGUCCCAUACCAUCGGAAGAUUCUCUGAAUUGGGUUUGUGAUUAUCCAGAGGGAGAUCUUCGUCUUUCUUUAGAUGAUUGGAUCGACAUGAACUAUGAUUAUUUUGCUGAUCUUACUCCUGAACUAAGGAAUACUUCUCUUCAAUUGCAAGGUCCUUGUUACCCUGUUAUUUUUCCAAGCGUAAACGUUUAUUGGAGCUGUCAGUUUAUUGCACGCCCGUCAAAUGUGUCUUUAACACAUUGGAAGCAAAUGAAUGGGGUUACGAUUGCUGAUGAUAUGGUUAUAGAUAAAUCCAUUCACAAGUCCAUUAACUCACGGUCCUCAGUGUUGAAGAGAUAUGUGGCGGAUGUUGGAAAGUCAUGGCCUGUGUUGAUUGUUUGUGGAGGAUUCCUGCCUCUAUUUCUAUCGCUUUUAUGGCUUUUGAUGAUCCGUCAUUUUGUAACUGGAAUGCCAUGGGUCACCGUCUUUCUAUUUAAUGGCCUUAUAAUAUCUGUCACAAUGUUCUACUACAUGAAAGCUGGAUGGAUUGGGAAUGAUGCUAUCUCACCCAUCAUCGGUGAACAUGAUCCAUACUAUCAUGUUUCUGCAAGGGAGCAACAUCAUAUACGUGCUGCUGCUUUUCUCAUGACAUGUGUGAUGAUUGUUGCGGUUCUAUCAUCUAUAGCUAUUGUUCGUCGGAUUCUUAUGGCAACCUCGGUUCUCAAGGUUGCUGCAAAGGUCAUCGGUGAAGUUCAAGCUCUCAUAAUAUUUCCGGUGAUUCCAUAUGUAAUCCUUGCAAUCUUUUACAUGUUCUGGUUGUCGGCCGCCCUCCAUCUUUUCAGUUCUGGUCAGAUCGUCCAAAACGAUUGCAACACAAACUGCUGCGCAUAUGAUCUCAAAGCGAAAAGGGUCAGUUGUGAUGAUUGUUGUGGCUAUAGCAUUCAUUACACCUCUCAUAUUGCAGCUUCGAUCCUAUUCCACCUGUUUGGAUGCUAUUGGGCUACUCAGUUUAUCAUUGCAUGCUCUUCAACCGUGAUUGCUGGUUCUGUAGCUUCCUACUAUUGGGCUCGUGGGGAAACUUCGACAGCGAUUCCAUUUCUUCCAGUUUUCUCCUCGAUGAAGCUACUCAUGCGCUACAGCCUUGGCUCUGUGGCAAUCGGUUCGUUGAUCGUGUCUUUUGUUGAGUCGACUCGGUUCAUACUUGAGGCCAUACGUCGCAGAUUGAAAGUUGCUGAUAUUCUGCCUGAAAGUUGGAUUAAGAGGAUGCUGUUUUAUACUUCUCAGUUUUGCUUGAAGUGUAUUGAGUUGACCAUAAAAUCCGUAAACCGCAAUGCAUACAUUAUGAUUGCUAUAACGGGCAAAGGCUUUUUCCGAGCUUCUGAGAUGGCAACGGACUUGAUCAUCAGUAACAUCCUUCGUAUAGGCCGAGUGAAUGUCAUCGGAGACGUUAUUCUCUUUCUUGGCAAGCUUUGUGUCAGCCUUGCAAGUGCACUUUUCAGUUUCCUCAUGUUGGACACUCACAAAUACAAAUCAUCCCACAACAAGAUCACAUCCCCACUAUUUCCUGUACUGGUGUGUUGGGGUCUGGGAUACAUAGUCGCUACCCUCUUCUUUGCGGUGGUGGAAAUGUCGAUCGAUACGAUCAUCCUUUCGUAUUGCCAGGAUGCAGAGGAACACCAAGGAACUGCACAUUAUGCUCCUCCACUUUUGAUAGAAACCUUUGAUGAACAGAAUGAGGUGCAAAGAAUUGGACAAUGAUGGAUGGAAUGUAGUGCCAUUUUGUUUUGUUGUUAGUAAGUAGCAUCUUUUCUCUAGCAGUAACUUAUGUGCAGCAGAACAAACCAUGCCAAACAGCAUUGUGAUGUAUAAAAUAUGUGGCCUGCCACAGUUGCAAGUUUUGACUGAAUCAAUGAUUAAAAAUUUAAAGUUUUCU